AUGCAACUAGAAAACGCGCCCGAGAAUCCGAAAAUCAAACACGGAUGGACGGACAGCAGAACGUGCAGGGGGGAGACGCCGGCGACGACGUGCCUCAUGCGGAAGAUGGGCGUCCUCAACAAGUACGAGUUCAUGGACUACUUCAAGGCCAAGGAGCGGCUGCGCCAGUUCUGCCAGGGCCCUUGGCACCCGAUGCGCCCCUUCUACACGGCCGCCUACAGCUCCACGCCUCUGUACCGCGACCAGUGCGGCUCGCCGCAGAAACUGCUCAACGUACUAGACACUAUGUUGGCGACUUGCCCGGCGUCGAAGAGAAGACAAGGCGCCUACUGCAGUCGAAUGUUCGCGGAACUGACGCAAACGUUGCCCGGUUACGAGAAGAUCUCAAACUCCACCUUGGAGGGGCUGCUCAGUCGCUACCAGCACGUGUUCCUCCCUGGCCAUGUGCCACAUUUAGAUCGGCACCCGCAAAGGACAGAGGACAAUCCCCGUUACAGGUUCAACUUCGGCAUCUUCGACGCGACGAAUGAGCCAGCAGUGAGGGUGAUAGACGUCAAGCAGAGCCCCUCCCCAACCUCCGAGAAGCCUCUGGUCCUCACUCCGGUAUACCAGAGUCUGCGAAGGCCGAUACCGAAAGAGAUGUGGAGGAGUUUCCCAAAGAAA